UGAUUAAUUAUUAUUAUUUUAUAAUUUUUGAUUUAAGUGAAAACUCUCAUAUCAGUGUUUUAAGUGAAAACUGUCUUAAUUAGUUUUAUAUUUAUUUUGUACUAUCCCCCCUCAAGUGGUUGUUUUUUCUUGAACGAAUUCAGCCGAAGACAAGAAUGACAACAGCUAUCAUAAUGAGAUCAAAAGAUAUUCGUCCAGCUCCUGCGUGCAUCGAGUACAAGGGAAUGAAAUUUUUGAUUACGGAUCGACCAUCUGAUAAUAACAUCAGUGUAUUCAUACAGGAACUGAAAAGACAUCGAGUAGUUGCGGUUGUGCGUGUAUGUGAACCCUCCUAUAAAGUGGACUCGCUCGUGGAUCAAGGAAUAAGUGUUUACGAUCUAAUGUUUGAAGAUGGCACAUUCCCACCACCAGAAAUAAUCAACGAAUGGUUUCAACUGUUGAAGAAACAUAGUCGUGAACAUCCAGAUGCAUGUAUUGCCGUACACUGCGUGGCUGGAUUAGGACGGGCACCAGUUCUUGUUGCUGUUGCACUCAUGGAGUUGGGUUUACGCUAUGAGGAAGCUGUUGAAUUGAUUCGAGAGAAACGUCGAGGCGCAAUCAAUGCUAAGCAGCUAUCAUAUUUAGAGCGGUACCGUCCGAAAUCCCGCCUAAAAUUCCGUAAUAACAGAAGCGCCUGUUGCGUACAGUAAAACCUUAUUAUUAUAUAUUCUCAAUUUUUUUAUAUGUAUACAUAUAUAUAUACAUCAAAACCAUAGGCGUCGUUUUAAUGAAAUUUUUUAAGGGGUUCCCGAAAUAUCGGCGACAAUUUUUAUACUAUUUUCUCCAAUUAUUGAUUUUUUUUUCAAAAAAGUGGAGAGAGGAGUACAUUCUCUCUCCUGUCCUACCCCGAAGCGACGCCUAUGCUUCAAACUUGUGUGUAUGUAUGCGUACAAACAUAUUAUCGACGAAAAACUAAAAAAAAAAAGAUAUAUUUCUUAAUAAUGCCUAGCGUAAUAUAAAAAAAAAAUUGUUUCUUACCAAUUUGCCACAAAAAACCUGUGUUCAAAUUUAGAAAGAAAAAAAAUCGAUCGUUUAGCCAUGAUUCGCAAACUUUUAAAUAAUCUAGAAGGUAUUUUUUUCGAUAUUUUAUGUUGAAAUAUGUAGAGUAGUCUUUCCAAAAAAAAAAAAAAAAUUAUUGCGGACAAUUUAAUUUCAUUUGCAAUGGCGGAUUUAAGCGGCUAGAAAACGAGCAAUUGUCCUUUCUAGGUUCCCUAGGACCUCACAGCCUCUCUAACAGAAUCAAGUCGUUUGUAUUUAUUGGGGUCUAAUUUGGUGACUAGAAAUCCCGAU